AUGGUAGAAGCUAUUUCCCACUGUCUUCAUGCCCACCCCCACAUCUUCACCCCCACAUCUUCUCCCAUCAUCUUCACCUCAGCAUCUUCACCUCAUCAUCUUCACCCCAACAUCUCCACCCCAUCAUCUUCACCUCAGCAUCUUCACCCAGCAUCUUCACCCCAGCAUCUUCACCCCAGCAUCUCCACCCCAGCAUCUCCACCUCAGCAUCUUCACCUCAGCAUCUUCACCCUAGGAUCUUCACCCCAUCAUCUUCACCCCAGCAUCUUCACCCCAGCAUCUUCACCCAGCAUCUUCACCCUAGCAUCUUCACCCCAUCAUCUUCACCCCAGCAUCUUCACCCCAGCAUCUUCACCCCAGCAUCUUCACCCAGCAUCUUCACCCCAGCAUCUUCAUCCCAUCAUCUUCACCCCAGCAUCUUCACCCAGCAUCUUCACCCAGCAUCUUCACCCAGCAUCUUCACCCCAGCAUCUUCACCCCCACAUCUUCACCCCAGCAUCUCCACCCCAGCAUCUUCACCCCAGCAUCUUCACCCCAGCAUCUUCACCCCAGCAUCUCCACCCCAGCAUCUCCACCCCAGCAUCUUCACUCCAGCAUCUUCACCCCAUCUUCACCCAGCAUCUUCACCCAGCAUCUUCACCCAGCAUCUUCACCCCAUCAUCUUCACCCCAUCAUCUUCACCCCAUCAUCUUCACCCCAGCAUCUUUACCCCAUCAUCUUCACCCAGCAUCUUCACCCCAUCAUCUUCACCCCAUCAUCUUCACCCAUCAUCUUCACCCAGCAUCUUCACCCCAGCAUCUUUACCCAGCAUCUUCACCCCAGCAUCUUCACCCAUCAUCUUCACCCCAUCAUCUUCACCCCAUCAUCUUCACCCCAUCAUCUUCACCCAGCAUCUUCACCCCAUCAUCUUCACCCCAGCAUCUUCACCCCAGCAUCUUCACCCAUCAUCUUCACCCCAACAUCUUCACCCCAGCAUCUUCACCCCAGCAUCUUCAUGUUCAGCUGCUUCAUUUCUGUAACCACCAGGCCAUAGAUAACAGUGUAACUCUGCUCUCAGUGCGAAGCACUUCCUCUAAGACUUACAAUGACACACUGAGAACUGGGCUCUGA